UUUUUAUACUCUUAACAGUUAAAAUACUGAUUGAAAAACACAAUGCUAAAAUUUAAUACAAUCUCGCACACUAGACACUUUAUUUACGAAAUAAAUGACUGGUUUAAACGUUUAACAGUGCUAUAAACUUUAAACUUGUAACUUUACAAUGUUAUCAGUGUUAUAAAACAAGGACAUUAAAAACAGAGCAAACAGUCCACGUAUCCAAUAUCAACAGCAAAAUAUUUACAUUAGAAACCUGUGAGACAAUUUGAGGAUUACAAUUUCAAGGUAAAACAUGGCAGUCCCAGGAAAGAAAGCAUCAAAUCAAUUUUCAUCAUCAACAGCAUCCAUGGCAUCAGAUGAAGAUCUUCAAAUUUACUGCCAGCCUUGUGACGAGGAAGGAACUAGACUACCUGCCCAUGGUUACUGCACUGACUGCAAGGAACACCUUUGUAAGACAUGCUUUACAGCCCAUAAAAUAAGUAGGCUUUCCAAACAUCAUAAACUUCAGGAUGCUACGAAUAUGCCUAAAGUUUUGCAGCAACCGUCACCAUCCAUUCACACAGGCCAGUCUGAUGACCUAACUACAUCCUGUCUUAAACAUUCAAAAGAACUGAUCAAAUUCUACUGUCAUGAUCAUGUCGAAUUACUCUGCAGUGUUUGUGUUACCCUUGAACACCAAACUACUUCCUGCAAAGUUGAUUAUAUACCAGACAUUUCUGGUGAUAUAUUAGACAGCAAAGAAUAUCAAGUUAUCUUGAAUGCAGUAAAUACCACUUCUGACAAAUUUCAACAGAUAUUAAAAGAUGUCAAGAACAUGACAUACAAAUCAAACAGCUCUCUCAAAGAUGCAUUAGUUGACAUUAAAAAGUUUCGACAAGAAAUCAACCAAAGACUAGACGAACUUGAGAGACAAACUGAAGAUACAGCUAAAGUCAUAGAACAAGAAAACAACAAACAUCUGAAAGCAGCAGAAACAACAUGUGAAGAUAUAACAAAAUCCCUGAAGAUAUCAUCAGACAAAAUGAAACAGCUCAACACAACAAAACAAGCUGACAAACUCUUCAUUGAUUUAAAACUUGCAGAGAAUAAAAUCAAAGUUAUGAAGGAAAAACUACUAACACUGUCAUCAUUUGAUAUCAAAGAGUACAACUUUCAAUCAAAUGAUGUAAUAUCAAAUCUGUUCAAAACAGAGAAGUCACUGGGGACAUUGACACACAAAACUUUAAAUACAGAAUGUCAACCUGUACAAAUAAAGUCUAGACAAUCUUCACAUGAGGGAAUAAUCUGUGUGGAGACAUCAAAAGAUGAAUACAUGUGCUGUAUAUCAGGAAUGACUCUGCUGACUCCUGAUCUUCUUAUCAUCACUGACCGCAACAACAAUGCUGUAAAGAUGGUGGAUACCAGCAGUCAAUCUGUGUCUGAUCAACUACAACUAGAUGAUGCACCAUGGGAUAUCACCACAGUAACCAGUACUGACCUUGCUGCCACACUUCCUGCCAAACACUCAAUACAGUUUAUAUCAAUCUCAUCAAACAAACUCAUAAAGAAGCACACUGUGAAGGUUGAAGGAGAAUGCCGUGGUAUAAGCUGUUACCAAGGUAAACUUGUUGUGUCAUUUGCUGAUCCAGCAAAACUUCAGAUCCUUGACCUGAAUGGCGUAAUACAAACAACAAUUGAUGGUAAUAAUAUUUUCAAAGAGCCAUUUUAUAUCACAUGUAACAGAAGUUCUAUCUAUGUAUCUGACAGUGGCAUGAAGACAGUGACAAGAUUAAACUGGCAGGGUGAUGUGAUAGGUAGAUAUAGUGGUAUAAGUGAUCCUAGGGGAAUGUCACUGUCAGAUGAUGGUACUGUAUUUGUGUGUGACUGGGUGAGACAUGUUAUAGAAGAGAUAUCAGGAGAUUGUUCUACAGGAAAUGUGGUGUUGAAGGAUCUGAAAGGUCCAUAUGCUGUAUGCUGGUGUGAAGAAACAAAGAAGCUGUAUUACAGUGGUUGGACAAAUAUUAAUGGGAUAGAUAACAACUUUCUUCACACCUAUAAACUAUCAUAAACAUGAGCAAAAUGUUCAGAUGAUUUGACUAUAUCUACACACAUACUAUAUAUGCUUAGAUGGGCACUUAAAUCCAAUAUAGUAAUACUUUUCUAUUUAGUGUUUUUAAAAAAAGAAUAAAUGAAUGUAAGCAGAUUUAAGUUUAUUAACUAAGGCAAUGUUAAAUUACUCUGGUCCUGUGGUAUGGAACAACAUACCAAUACAUGUUCGAAAUUCUGUCCCUGAGGAAAUUUCAAGCCUCCUAUAUCCAAUGGCAAUUUUCAAACUAAUCGAAUGUACAUAUUGUUUCCAAAAACAACAAUUCAAUGUAUAAAAUAAAAAGUAUAAUAAAAACUGUUAUUAGAACAGCCCUAUAUAAAUGUCUAAUUCUUCAACAUUGAUCUACUUUUUUGUACUUUCCAUGCUGAAGUUAUGAAAAUGUCACUUCUCUAUGUAAGAAGAAAAAAUGUUUACUUAUUUAUUGUAUUGAUAUGAUGUUUAUAAUGUACAUAUUUUGUUGUCUAAAUGUUGAUUGUGAUUGUAUUUUAUGUUGUUUUGUAU